CGGAAGGAAAGCGUCGGCGCCGGGCUGCGAGCGAGUCUCCUGCCGUUCCGGGGCCGGGCUCCUUCAUGGAGAGGAGGGGCAGAGAGCAAGGCGACCCGCAGUCUCGCAGCGGCCCCCGGGGGCCGGUGCUGCACAUCGUGGUGGUCGGCUUCCACCACAAGAAGGGCUGCCAGGUUGAGUUCUCCUAUCCACCCCUAAUCCUGGGAGAAAGCCACGACAGCCACAGUCUGCCGGAGGAAUGGAAGUAUUUACCUUUCCUUGCGUUGCCAGAUGGUGCUCACAAUUAUCAAGAAGAUACGGUUUUUUUCCACUUGCCACCAAGAUGUGGGGAUCGAAAUACCAUAUAUGGUGUCUCAUGCUAUAGGCAGAUUGAAGCCAAGGCAUUGAAAGUACGGCAGGCGGAUAUUACCAGAGAAACUGUACAGAAAAGUGUCUGUGUCCUAAGUCAGCUGCCUCUGUAUGGUUUGCUCCAGGCAAAGCUGCAGCUAAUUACACAUGCCUAUUUUGAAGAAAAGGACUUCUCGCAAAUUUCAAUUCUCAAGGAGCUUUAUGAACAUAUGAACAGCUCAUUGGGAGGAAGCCCCCUGGAAGGUUCACAGGUUUACCUUGGUUUGUCUCCACGAGAUCUUGUCCUUCAGUUUAGACACAAGGUCUUAAUUCUUUUUAAGUUGAUUCUUCUAGAGAAAAAGGUUUUGUUUUAUAUCUCACCUGUGAAUAGGUUGGUGGGAGCACUACUGACUGCAUUAUCGCUCUUUCCUGGUAUGAUAGACCACGGUCUUACUGACUGUUCACAGUACCGGCCGAGAAAGAGGGUAUCUGAUGACACCGUCCACCAGGGAAUUGCUCUCCCUUUUGAGGAUUAUAUUUCGCUCUCUGCUGUGGAUCUCCCCAGUUCAGACCGAGGAAGGGCUGAGGAAAGCCAGACUUUGUUGGGAAACCAAGAACUGGCGACUCAGAAGGCAGAUAUGCCUGUACCUGAGACUGAGGAUAACGCCUUCAAAACACAGGCUUCCAAUGACACGGGGCAGCAUUUGAAACCUCCUUCCCGCACGUCUCCGGAGUCCUCUGAGAGCGACUGGGAAACCUUAGAUCCAAAUGUCCUGGAGGACCCCAACUCGAAAGGAGAACAUGACCCUUCUGCGACAGCGGGGCAGCUUGAAAUCCUUCCAAAGGAAUUGGUGGUCUCUGAAACCAUUCCAAUUACUGUGCAGCCUCAACCGAAGGCAGGGCACACAGUGUUUGUUCCUGGACUUAUAUCUGGUUUAGAAGAGGACCAGUAUGGCAUGCCUUUAGCCAUCUUCACCAAGGGAUAUCUUUGCUUGCCAUACAUGGCGCUGCAGCAGCACCACCUCCUCUCUGAUGUAACCAUUCGUGGUUUCGUUGCAGGAGCCACCAACAUCCUCUUCCGUCAGCAGAAGCAUCUAAGCGAUGCCAUUGUAGAGAUUGAAGAAGCUCUUGUCCAAAUCCACGACCCAGAGCUCAGGAAGGUUCUGAAUCCCACGACGGCUGACCUGAGGUUCGCAGACUACCUGGUGAAGCACGUAACGGAGAACAGGGACGAUGUAUUCCUGGACGGCACCGGCUGGGAAGGAGGAGAUGAAUGGAUCCGGGCUCAGUUCGGCUCCUAUCUCCAUGCGCUGCUGGCUGCCACACUCCAGCCAGACAAUGAAAAAAUACUGUCAGACUUCGGAGCAGCCUUUGUAGCCGCUUGGAGGAAUACACACAAUUACAGAGUGUGGAACAGCAAUAAACACCCAGCUCUCGCAGAGGUAAAUCCUAGUCACCCAUUCCAAGGUCAAUAUUCAGUUUCAGAUGUAAAAUUAAGAUUAUCACAUUCUGUUCAGAAUAGCGAACGGGGCAAGAAGAUUGGCAACGCCAUGGUCACUACCAGUCGGAACGUUGUACAGACAGGAAAAGCUGUAGGACAGUCAGUUGGAGGGGCCUUCACAAGUGCAAAGUCAGCCAUGUCCUCCUGGCUUUCUGCUCUCACCCAGUCACCACAGGGCAUCGGAGAGUAGCUGUUCUGGAGUCGACCAAUAGCUUGUGGGUUUUUGUAAAAGAACACAGAUAGCUUUGCUAAACAAACCCAUAGAGAUGGUUUGAAGCAUCAUGAAGACGAAGAAUGGCCUUUCAAGCUCUUUCACAGGACAUCAUCUGCAUUUAAUGCCUCUUUGUGUUUAAAUCUGAGCCUUCGUAGAGACAGUAGCAAACAAGCCGUCAUGUAGGACAGGCUCUGUUUUCCAGUGUAUGCUGUUCUGUGGAUGGUGAAGAUGUUUUAUGUAAAUCUUGCUAUAUUUUAAAAUCCAUCUCUCUAGACUCCUGCUUUUUUCUUUUUUGCAUCAGGUGAAUCAUAUUUCAGGCUGGAACAGAGAACUUGCCUGCAAAGCUAGCAUUCCAACAGCAAGCUUAAACCCCCUCCACUCCCGAUCCUAUACAGAGAAAUGAGUUCAUUCCAUUUCAGUGGAACAUAGUUCCAUACACCCAUGCACAGCCAGUAAUGCUUUUCCCCACCGUUUAAGAGUUUUAAUUUAGAAUGGUCUAAAAAGCUGGCUGAAAUACAUAGCUCUGAUGUUCUAAGAGUGCCUGUACUUCAUUUCUAGGAGCUGGUUCUUGGAGAAACUACUUUUGCUCAAAAGUCGCCAUUCUGUUAAGGAUGUGUAUAUAUGAUCUUAGCUCCUUUGUCUGAUAACUGGGGAAACAGUUUAAUUUUAUGUUCUUUUCCCCUCCUGCGGUGUUUCUCCAGUAGGUGUUGAGAACCUUUCACCAGUGAAUAAUAAGUACCUACCUCUCUAGUAAAGUUAGGCUCUGCAGGGGAGAGUCAGAAAUACUGCUGCUUCCUGUUCCUAGCUGCUAUAGAAUUCUUUAGUUCAAUGUGGACUAGCUGCAGACAGAAGCAUAUGCAAGAUCACACCUGUGUGCUGAAUUAAUUCAGUCUGGGACAGACAUGGCAUGAUUACAGCAUGAUGGAGAUUUAUCCAAAGAGAAUAUAGAGCUCCAAGGCUGUGCACCUGUCCCUUUCUUAAAAAAUAAAAAUUGCAACUGAAACAUUCACAUUCUUUCCUUGGCUAACCUCCCUUCCAAAACUUCAGUGGGCCAAAUGUGCAAAAAGGUCUGUAUCUGUUUGGCACAACCAUUUUUGGGUUUCCUCUUGAAAUUCAUAUAGUACUGAUAAAACAAUGUGGGCCUGCUAAUGACAGAAAACUAUUCCAGCUCUGGGUUUCUGCCAGUUCUUCAAAAUCCUACUUUUAGGAGUUGGUGGGUAUAUUACGAGAUGACUUUUAUAGAUGGAGUCAAGAUAACUUUAUGCAAUUUUCUUAUACCACAUGAUGAGCUAUAACCCAUUGUCUAUUUUGUACAAAUCAGAAAAUAGGAGUAAGUUGUAGCACACUGCCAUAUACACAUGGCAAAAACAUGUAUGCAGCCUUCAUACAUGAGUGUGUACUCGUUCACUUGUUACGGAUACAAGACCGCACAGGUCACAAAGAUUUUCCCUCUGCAUUUUAAAUAGCUUUCAUGCAAAGAGUUUUGACUAUAAUUGGUAAUUUCGGGCCUUUCCCCCAAAAAACCUGCUGACACUUGAAACAUCUUGUAUUUUUCAAGUGCAUAAAAACUUCAAAGGUGCUAACAGUAUAAACUACUCGAACGAGCCUCUACCCCAUGGUUCAGGUCUCACAGUACAAGUGCUACCUGGCUUACCUAGUAUAUUUUGUCCCUGAGGUUCUACAGCACAGCAGCUAGGACCCCUUUACUGAAAUUUCAGAAAGAAGUGGGCAUGCCAUGGCUGGGUAAACCGGAGCUUGUAGCAUCACGUGUCACCUUCCACCCUGUCCACCUUUCAUACAGCUGUAUUUUAGAAAGAUUAGGCUGCAAACUCCUUAAGCAUAAGAUGGAAUCAAAGGU